UUUUAAUCUUGCUUUUUAGUAUUUGUUAUCAAUUCUGUUCCUUUAAGAAUCCAAUCUUCAGUUCCAAUUAUUACUUAGGAGUGUGAUUACUGGCUUGAUUGCUCUCUCCCCUUUUGACUCUCCUCCGUCGGUGCGCAUCCCGCCGCCCCGCCCUGCUUCCGCCCGGCGGCCCCGCCGCCAGUCAACCCCGCGCUGGGAGGUGGGGAUUGCCUGUUCCCUGGUCCGCGGCUCCCAGCCCAGCCCAUUUCCCCGCGCAGCUGGCGGAGGUGCGACUGAGCAGGCGCUCGGCGAAACUUUUCCUUCUUCGUGAACGGAGUGACCGAGACGACUUCGCAGAGUUCUGCAGAAGGGGCCCAGAGACCUGAGGAUGUGAACGUGCGCCCUUAGUUAAAUACGGCUACAGUUCGGUCUGGACGCGAGAGAAUACACUUUCCACCCACUUCUUAAGCGCUGCUCACUCUUAAGAGAAAAAGGAACAAAGAGGAAGUUCGAGGCCGCCGGUAAAGCUAGGCUACUGCAAUGGCGAAGAGGGCGGCUGGCCGCGUGCGGUGGGGCUCCGUGUGGCUGCUCUGCGUUCUGAUGUUGGUGUUGGUGCUGGAGCGCUUCCAGCUCAUCGCAGGUUUACUGCAAGUGGAGAUGGCAGGGAGGACUCAGAUGGUUUUCUUGAAUGAAAGUGUAACUAUCUUUUGCAAGAUCCGUGGUUCCCCACACCUGGACAUCAACAGUAUGGGUAUCACGUGGUUUCAGAAGACUGGAAAGUCUGAAACCUACACCAAACUGUUUCAGUAUUUUGGAAACUACAGGGAGACAUCCCAACGUGGAGCCUGGGUGUCUCUACGGAGUCUGCAGAAGGGAGAUGCCUCAUUGCAGCUGCCUGGUGUCCUGCUGGAGGAUGCAGGGGAGUACCGCUGUGAGCUGGUGGUUACUCCUCAGAAGGCUCAGGGGACUGUCUGGCUGGAGGUUGUAGCUCAGCCAGUCAGCAGCUUGUCUGAACAAGUCAUGGUGAAAGAUAACAAGGACAGACAUAUUUUGUGUACAUCAAGUGGGUUCUACCCAGAGCAUAUUAACAUCACAUGGAAAAAGUGGACCCAGAAUGAUCCCCACUUCCGGGAAUUUUCCAAGAACAUCACCACUGACCACAUAGUCAAGAAUGAGGAUGGUACAUUUAAUAUCACUAGCCACCUAAGGCUGAAGCCAUCUCUGGAAGACAAUGGGACUAUAUAUCAGUGUGUGGUAUGGCAUGUAUCCUUGCCCACAAUCCAGAGUUUCAACUUCCAGUUGAUUCUACAUCCAGAAUCUGAGAAGAAAACUGACUGGUUCCCUAUUGGAAUGAUUGUAGUAAUCAUCAUUGAAAUGAUCAUACCUUUAUAUUUUUUUCUUAAGACAAGGGUCUGCGCUCAUAUUGUCCAAUUCUUCAUGACACUAUGGUCUGUAGUCUGCCAGGCUCCUCUGUCCAUGGAAUUUUCCAAGCAAGAACACUGGAAUGGGUUGGCAUUUCCUUCUCCAGGGGCUCUUCCCAACCCAGAGAUCGAACCCAAGUCUCCUGCAUUCCAGGUGGAUUCUUUACUGCUUGAGCCACUGGGGAAGCUGGAGGAUGAGAGACACUGUAAGCAGAGACUUCUGGAGGAUAAGAGACCCUCGAAGCUGGAACUGGAUCAGAUGACCACUUCCUCAACGCAUCAGCAAAUCUAGCUAAGAUCAUCAGUGCCAACAGAACUGACUCUUGAGUGCAUGAGACUUAUUUUUCAAAGCCACUUGAAAAAUAAAGCAGUAGAGUGGCUUGUUACACAGCAAAAGCUGACUGCUACAGCUCUUCUGGAAGCUGGAUUUUGAUCCAAAAGCAUGGUUGCCAUGGAGAUGUGCUGCUGAGACCCCCUUCAAGAGAAAGCCUGCUAUGAAGAGGGUGCUUAGCCACCAUGUUCCAGCUAUGGCAUCUCAGGCAUCUGCUUUAGUUUUCAAGCUUGCUUGAAUGGCCUGCUAUCCCUCAUUAUCCCUUCUUCCUCCCUUCACAGAUAGCAGACCUGUGUCAAAGUUUCAGUCAGAACUGUACUUAUUUCCCUCUGAUUUAUCCUGUAUUUAUUUAUCUUCUCUUCCCCACUAACAAUGGCAUAGUGAGAAAAACUGGAAUUGGUCAAGUGAAGUCAGAGUGCAUAGAAGCAGGGUUCUGUAAUGAAUUGUGCAGUUGCAUAUGCACUUUGUAUCACUGCUUCAAUUAUUGGCAUCAAUGCCUGGAAGGACCUAAGGACAGGGAUACACUCCUGUACCCAAGGUGGCCAGUUUAGGUGGCCUGCCUUUCACAUCACUCCAGAGUGGAAAUAGAGUAGGGUGUUGGUAGAUGAAGAUAUACGAUGCCCCAGGCAGGUGGACCUGGCAGAGAGGAUGCCAAUUUUAGGGAAAGAGCAAUUGGCGGUGGCAGUAGUCAGGCUCUCUCUUAUUCCAUGGCCUCUUGUUCUUGCCCCACGUUUGGUAAAUAAUGAUAUGUAAGAGGUGAGAUCAUUUAUAGCACUGUGCAUGCAUGUCACGAGGUACUUCUUGGCCACAGGCUGCUUUUGUUCUGCAAGUAUAUAUAAGCUCCGCCUGAAAAGCCCUGGAGGCUGCAUUAAGGCUACAUUACAGCUAUGUUAAAGUUAUGUUAUGGCUGCUGCCAUGGGUGCCGUGCCAGUCAGGAGAGAAUAGAUGUGUCUGCAGUUCCUAUGGCUCCUUGCAUCUCCUUCCAGCCUCUUAGUUCACGCCUCGCCUACCCUGGGUUCAGCGAACAGUGCAUACAAUGAGAUACAGCAAGACAGCUGGUAUAGUCAGCAGGAUACAGCGAGACACCAAUACUCUAGGUUCUAAUGCAACAAGCCCACCCUAUGGAACCCAGUUCUGACUCUAAUCCCAUUGUUUGGCCUUUCCCCAACUCCUUUCAAGUUGGAACAGAUCUGUUGUUAUUCAAGCCUACCCUAAUCUGGGGUCAGCAGCAUUCAUGUCUUCUUCCUCCAGGUCUUC